GGCACAAACAGCCGCUGAGCUCAGACCUCCACUGUUGUGGAAAGGCCCACUGACGGAGGAAUAACUAGCUUCUGCAGAGUGUUUUGCUCACUGUGAAUUACUUCAACGUUGAAGGAAUGAAGAAUGAUAAAGAAAGAGUUCUCUCCAUGCUGGUUGAUCUCCGUGGUGCCCGCCACCUCCUCACUUCCCAGCAUUCCUUGCCUGGGAUCCCCGUAGCCUUGAAACAAUCCAUUGACCUGCGUACAUCCAUGGAUGGGAAGUACAAGGAGAUUGCUGAGGAGCUGUUCUCUCGCACCCUGGCAGAGAGUGAGAUGCGCAGCGCCCCCUAUGAAUUCCCAGAGGACAGCCCCAUUGAACAGCUGGAGGAGAGACGUCAUCGCCUUGAGCGACAGAUCAGCCAGGAUGUCAAAUUUGAACCCGACAUCCUCCUGCGAGCCAAACAGGAGUUCAUGAAAACUGACAGUGCCACAGAUCUCGAAUACAUGAAGGAGCAGAGCUAUUUCCCUGACUUGCAGGAUAGAGAACUAGUUCCAGAGAAAGAGUACCAGCGGGUCAGUAUUUCUGGAGAGGAGAAAUGCGGGGUCCCCUUCACAGAUCUGUUGGAUGCUGCCAAAUGUGUGGUGAAGGCUCUGUUCAUUAGACAGAAGUACAUGGGUCUGUCGCUGCAGAGUUUCUGCAGGACCACCGCUCGUUACCUGCAGGAGCUGAGUGAGAGGCCUCUUCUGGACUUUGAUAUCUGUGAGGAAGAGUUACCAGAGACCACAGCCACUGCAGAUGCCACAGUGCACCCACCUGUUUCUAAAACGCACCCCUAUGACAACCAGGACCCCGCUAGCAUGCCCCCUGACAUGGGUUACAGCUGCAAGAUGGUGGAUGGUGUCAUGCAUGUGUACACGACAAGGAACAUUAUGGAAAAAAGCACAGAGCUGGACCUGCCAUAUCCAGACCUGCAGGAGUACAUCGCUGAUAUGAACGUCAUGAUGGCCCUCAUUAUCAAUGGACCCGUAAAGUCCUUCUGCUACCGUCGUCUGCAGUAUCUUAGCUCCAAGUUCCAGAUGCAUAUCCUGCUGAAUGAGAUGAAAGAGCUGGCAGCACAGAAGAAAGUCCCACAUCGAGACUUCUACAAUAUCCGUAAGGUGGACACACACAUUCACGCGUCCUCCUGUAUGAACCAGAAGCACCUUCUGCGUUUUAUCAAAAGGGCCAUGAAGAAGUAUCCUAAAGAGAUCGUUCAUGUGGAAAGAGGCAGGGGUCAGACGCUCAUGGAGGUGUUUGAGAGCAUGAACCUGACAGCCUUUGACCUGAGCGUGGACACCCUGGACAUGCACGCAGACCGUAACACUUUCCACCGGUUUGACAAGUUCAAUGCCAAAUACAAUCCCAUUGGCGAGUCCAUCCUGAGAGAGAUCUUCAUCAAAACAGACAACUACAUUGAGGGGAAAUACUUUGGUCACAUUAUUAAGGAGGUGAUGGCUGACCUGGAGGAGAGCAAGUACCAGAACGUGGAGCUCAGGCUGUCGAUCUACGGGCGCUCAAGAGACGAGUGGGACAAACUGGCCAAGUGGGCUGUCAAACAUAGGGUCUACUCCAAUAAUGUGCGCUGGCUUGUGCAAGUGCCACGACUCUUUGACGUCUACCACACGAAGAAACAGCUGUGCAACUUUCAAGAGAUGCUGGAGAAUAUCUUCACGCCUCUGUUCGAGGUUACAGUCAAUCCCGGCAGCCACCCGGAGCUGCACCUCUUCCUUCAGCAUGUCGUGGGGUUUGACAGCGUGGAUGACGAGUCAAAACCAGAGCAACAUAUCUUCAACUUGGACAGCCCGCUGCCAGUCAACUGGACUGAGGAGGACAACCCGCCCUAUUCCUACUACCUCUACUAUAUGUAUGCAAACAUGACUGUGCUGAAUCACCUGCGCAAGCAGCGAGGGUUUCACACGCUCGUCCUACGUCCUCAUUGUGGGGAGGCGGGGCCGAUCCAUCACCUGGUGUCUGGUUUCAUGUUGUCUGAGAACAUCUCCCACGGGCUGCUGCUCAGGAAGGCUCCUGUGCUGCAGUAUGUGUACUACCUGGCCCAGAUAGGUAUCGCCAUGUCCCCUCUCAGCAAUAACAGCCUGUUCCUCAGCUACCAUCGUAACCCUCUGCCUGAGUACCUGUCCAGAGGCCUCAUGGUCUCUCUGUCAACAGACGACCCUCUGCAGUUUCACUUCACCAAGGAGCCCUUGAUGGAAGAGUACAGCAUUGCUGCUCAGGUGUGGAAGCUGAGCUCCUGUGACAUGUGCGAGCUGGCCAGAAACAGUGUGCUGAUGAGCGGAUUCUCUCAUAAGGUAAAGAGGUCCUGGCUUGGCCCAAACUACAUCAAAGAGGGGCAGGAGAGUAAUGACAUCAGGCGCACCAACGUUCCUGACAUCCGUGUGGCGUACCGGUAUGAGACCAUGUGUGAGGAGUUAAAUUUAAUCACACAGGCCAUCCGCACAGAUGAGCUGGAGACCAUCGAGGAGGAGGGGAGUCUGUGUAUGGGAGCUGUGCAGGGAGAGAAGUGAACAUGAGGCACAAUACAAAAUAAAUUCUUGCUACAUUCCCUGUUUUCAUAUCAGGACAUUGUACAGAUUUGCAUAUCAACAUAUCACACCUGUGAAAUAGAUAAGCUUUGUUGCUACUGUGGCAAUAUGAGCGUGGAUCUACAAUCCGUGUACCCAAGGUGUUUCCUUCCUUUAGUUUCAUCAAGUCAUUCUUUGUUUAAUUUAUCAUGGCGAUUUCACAAUGUCUCUUGAUCUAUUUAUUUUUAAAUUAUAUGUUCAUGGUUUGUGGCUACAUCUUGUCAGAGUUUCUGUUCAAAGUCUGUAUUUUUCCUGUACCAAGCACUGAGUACUAUUAACAUUCAAGAUUCAACCCGUUAAUAAAACGUAUAGACUGGAUCCAACACUGACCGAUAAAAGUAAGAAGACAAUCUGGAACAAUUUUCUACUACACACAGGGCUGUAGCUACCAUUGAGGACACUGAGGUCAUGUUAUUAAUAUCUUUUUUAGCAAUUUCAGGGUUCUAGUGACCUUGAGGGAGUUUAUGUUCUACAGUUAAAAACGUACACAUGGAGAGUAUUUUUGAAGUCCAUGCAUUUAAAUGUGUUUAAUUUUUAGCCCAACAAAAUGAACAAAUGUGCAGCAUGGAGAAGGCUUAGAAACAGCUUUUAGACCUUCAUUUUUGGUGAUAAAACACUAACACUUUAUUUUAUAAAUUGUAAUUUCCCAAAAAUGUCCUUUCAAGUCUCCUGGAGGGACCCAUAUAACCUGGUACUCAUUGGGAAAGCAGAGACAAAGUUCUGAGAUAGUUAUUUUAGUUAGAGUUUAGUUGCUUUCAAAGGGGUCUUGCUUUAGCUGUUGCUACAACAUAAGUGUUUACUAAGUGGAGAUUUACACAAUAACAACAUAAAACAGGUAAAUACUAGUGGUAACAUAGAGAUUAGUUGUUACAAAAUGUGUACACAGACUAAAUGACAUGUCUAACUAACUGAGCUAACUGGCAAAGCUAACAUUAGCCUGCAAAUAACGUUUAGGUCAGCGUUAUUGUAUAUUUUACAUUUGUUUAAAACUUCCUUAAUAUCAUGAACCCUGACACAUACGCAUGUAUAAAAAGGACCUACAUUUACAAAGUAUUGGCUGUUGAGUUUAAAAUAUUGUAGGGCCUCCUUAAACUUAUAUUUGGAAGUUAUAUUACAGCUUGCGAUGCAACAGUCACAUCCUGUUUUGUUAUUUUUGAUUUGACGGUGUGGAAGAUGUUUCAUUACUAAAGUCUUUACUAGUUAGCUCAGACAUUUCUUAAGUUUUAAGAAUUCAGGAACUGCUUCACACACUAAAUACUGGAUUAACAUAAAGCUGGUACAAACCAAUCCAGAGGCAUUUCAUUAAAACCGUAUCGUAACUGAAUAAAUCAAGUACUUUUUGGUGUUGAGGGGAGUAGUGGGUGAGGCAGACUACCACUGAUGACCUUAGUAUUUCUAAACUCCUGGCUACGGCCCUGACUACUUACCAAAUCAUGAACUUUUGCAGCAAAAUGUGUUUAACAUGUGAUGCAAAGAUCUUAGUCAGAUUUGUCUGUUUGGUCACAUUUUAUGUGCUUAAUUAUCCACAGGACAAAACCUCAUGCUGUAAAACUUGUCCUUCGCCUUCUUGCUAUAUUAACAACAUAUUUACAGCUCUUCAGUGUCAUAUUCAUGUUGUUUUUUUACAGUGAAACAGUAGGGUUGCAUGAAGGCAUGUCAAUAUUUGUUUCUGGUGUGCAUCUCUUUAUAGUAGCUCUUAUUUUGUGACAUUGUUUCUACUGACAGUCUGAAUUGCAACUCUGAUUUGAUAUCAUUUGUCUUUUACACACAUAUUUAAAAUGCAUACAUUUCCGAGUCAUAGUACAGUGAAUCAUGCAUGAUGUGUUCCUUCAGUUUUCACUCCUUGCACAAGUUCAACCAGUGCCAAAUUCGUGAUUAAACACAUUUUAGAGAACUGCGAGUCAUUUAACUUGACAAAACCUUUUCAAACUCCUGCCUUCAGUUUGGGUCCUGAUGUUAUCCGUAGACCUAUUUCUUGCUAUUCAAAAGUGUCCCUUCCAGAGAAUUAUACGUGCUUGUUAAUAUUAUUUAAUGAAAUUUGUGUUGUAAGAAAAAUAAAUGUUGUUCAUGUUGGAGUGCUUGACUUGCUACAGUUCAUACAUCCCAGAAAUCAAAUGAAUGUCUUCUGAAUCUGAAAACUGCAGGUGACACAAGUGAUAAAGACAAAAAGAGUGAGAAAAUAAUUUAUUUAGAUAUUUAUUAUUUAGAGAAAUAAGCUCUGUUUGAGUUUCAGCAGUUGAUAAUUAGUAUGGGUUCUGGGGAAGUGCGGGUGAGUGAGUAAAAGAGGUGAAACAAAGAGUGCAUUGUGUGGUGUGUCCAUGUUCAGACAAUUUCUCUCCAAUGUGGGUCAAAGUGAGCAAGAAGCUCAACACAAAAUUCAGACCAAAUACAAACCUCCAUCUUUUCAAAAUUGAGGUCUGGCUGAAAAGAGUGAAUUCUUAGCUCACACACACUGUGCAGUAAACCUUAUUAAUAGCAGCUUAAUAGUAUGAUAUAUGUAUAUACAAUCUAAUAUUUGUGUGGGUAUUUAGUGUGUCUGGUGCUACAACGAUAAGCCUAACCUUCAAUUAGUUGAUGUGCUGAAAAGUAAUAGCUCAGAGUAAUAAUGACAAUUAAUUGUUUGAGUUUUUUGUCAUGUGAAAAUAUAAAUACAAUGUUGGUUACAGCUUCUUUGAUGUAAAGAUGUGCACGCAUUCUGUAAUGGAUCAUUUUAAAUAACAUCGAUUUUCAAUGUUUUCUGACUGAGUAGGCAAAUUCUCCCCACUUUGUCAUUAUUAUUUGCAUGUUACUCAUUACACAAUCAAAAAUUGAUUGAUGAGUUAAUUGAUAGCCCUUAUUUGUGGUACUCAGUACUGCACUGGUACCUUUUUUGACAGAACAAUCCUAAGUCAAUGUCCACUUACCAGCUCUUUCCAGAGCUUUCAACUGUGUCACGCUUGAAAAAGUGCUGUGUAUGAAGAUAUAAUAGUAGACAGUUGAAGGAAUUAUAUCUGCUGAUGAAGCCGAAGACCAUGUGAUAUGGGAAGUAACUGGACUGAGUUGGUAUUGUUUUACAAUUUCCGAGGUCAAAGUGAAGUUUCAUCUUUAAAUUUAUUGCGCAAAACCCUCUUAAAUAUCCACAACUCUUUUGUGUGCAGGUUACCCAUAUAAAAGGAUUAUUCAAGAAUCCCUGCAUAAAUGAUUGUAGUACGGUUAAA